AUGGGCUGCCUCUGCUGUCUCUUCAAGUCCAUCACCAAGAAGCACAAAAAAACCACGGGCAAUAUCCCGCCCCGAGUCCUGGGCCCCCAACCUGUCCAACCGCCUGGUGCCUACUACCAACGGCAGUCUCAGAACCCCCAGAAGGUGCCCAGCAGCGGCACGCCCUUUGACCCCAGGACUGCCGCCAAUGCCGCCAUGGCGCAAGCGGGAGCUUGCAAGGAACCGGCAACAACUGGGGCGUAUUAA